CCGCUUCGGACUCCAACUCGUUCGAUUUCGGAUCCGAUGAUGUUCUCUGCCCCUACGGUGACUAUGCCGCCCAGGACCCCUCGAUCGGGAAGCGAUCGAACCUUCCCGGGACGGUAUUCUCCUUUCUUGAUCUUGUUUCCUCCGUUGAUUUGUUGAUGCCACGUAUUGAUGUCCGGACUUGUCGGAUUGGUUCGCCAAUUUGGUCAGUAUUGGAAACAGGACGAGAGUUUUGAUGCUUAGAAUGGGCAUCGUAUCCCAUUUUCUCUUGUAACAUGGGACGCUUACUUACGAACGCCAACCGUAGAUGUAAUGCAAUUGAUUGUUCAGAGUAAGGGAGAAUUAGGGUUUUCGUUAUUAUUGCUAAUGCUUGUGAUCUCUUCUGGUUUGGUUUCAGUUUGAUGGUUUGGUUGGGAUUGUCUUUACAUAGAUAGACAUUGGUAUGACGCUAUAAUGUGACUACUUUGAUAUGUUUCCAACCUUGGAUGGUUUUCAUCGUGUUAUGCUCAAUUGGUAAUCAAGAAUAGCCACCUAUUGUUGGAUCCGGAUGGUAACAUGCAGAUGUGUUGCACCUUCUGCAAGAAUGUUCGCUUUCUCAAAAGUUGAGGCAUAUGAUGCACUCAUUGUAUCCUUUCGCACUUGUAAAUCAGGAUAUCCAAGAAUGCAGAAUGGGGAGAUCAUUGGUCAGUGCUUAUGAGAAAGAAGAUUGUUCCAAGUAUAGUGUAACAUCUUCUGUCGAGAAAUGCAUGAAAAAAUAUGCUGAUACUCUACUUCAAUCGCUUGAGGCUAUAAGUGGCCGUUUGUCACAGAUGGAGAUACAUUUCCACAAACUUGAACAAUCACUUUGUGAACUACGAGGUGAUUUCAUUCAGGAUCAGAGUGACAAGGAUCUGAACUUCAAGUCUCUUGAGAAACAUCUCCAAGAAGUCCACAGGUCUGUUCAAAUUAUGAGAGACAAGCAAGAGCUCGCUGAAACUCACAAGGAACUGGCCAAGCUUCAAAUGGUGCAGAAAGAAUCUGUAGAAAAGAAGGAAGAAGUUGUUGCACGAUCUGUUUCGGAGCCCAAAAAGCUGGACGAUAAGCCAGACGUUGCAAACCAGCAGCUGGCCCUUGCCCUACCUCGACCUGCUACUUCGCCACCGAUACUUCCGGAUGGAACUUCUCAGUCAAUCCAACCGUACAAAGAACUUCCUAUGCAGCAUCAGCCGCCUAUCUCUUAUAAUAUCCAACUGGAUCAAAUCAUAAUGAGUCAAGCAGCAAGAUACUAUCAUCAUCAUCAAACUUUGCCACAUAGCCAACCUGUGCAGGCAAGACCUCAGCUUCAGGAUGGCCCAGUCCAGGCACCACCACGGCAACCGCUGAUAGCCAACCAGAAUCGACCUCCAUCAUUUUCUCAGUACCAGCAGCAAUUGCCUUCACAGCCUGCCCAGCACUUGGCGCAACAGGUGGCCCAGCCUCAACAACCCGCUUCACAGACCCAACCAUCAUAUCCUCCAUACCCACCUCAACCUGUUCCUGCAACAUUUCCUGACAGCAGCGUGCCUACGCAGGUCCCACAACCUAAUGUGACAGCGAUCCGCCCUGAAGUUUUGCCAUUCGGUGAUGGACGAACAGGAAGCUUAGGAUCACAGCCACACCUACACAAUAUGCAGCAACCGAUGCUGUCUCCAGUCAGCCAGAGCUCUUUUGGAUCACAGCUCAGCAAGGGUAGUUACAUGGGAGGUAGCACGACGCAUCCGCCUCCACCUUACAAUCUACAGGGUUACAAUGCUGCCUCUAGUUAUCCACCAAACAACAACUUUCCAGUUGCCAGGAACCAGCAAAUACCUCCGAGCAAUAGUGCAGCUCUCCCCUAUGACUCGAGACUGACGCGCAAUCACUCCUACGGAGAGAUGAUUGAGAAAGCUGUUGGUAUGGGAUAUGAUAGGAAUCAGAUCAUCGGUGCUGUUCAGAGGAUGGUCGAGAGCGGUCAGCCUAUGGAUUUUCAUUCGCUGCUCGAUAGAUUGAAUGGACAAGCCGCUGCAGCACCUGCACGAGCAUGGUGAGACAAACUCACGCUGUGAGUUGCCGACGUUGGCUUUUCAUUUGUAUCAGAUCCUGAGAUUGCAUGGUGUUCGUAGAUAAAAAUUGCUACCCAUGUGACAAACAGGAUCCUUCUGGUAACAUUUGUUGUCAGGUGAAAGCUCAUUACGACACCACGACGUAUCAGACGUCAUGGCCGACGAGUACUGUGGAAAACUCGGAAUUAUAUUCUCUCGGUCGCCCGAUUUCUCGUGUAGCACAAGUAGAUUUGCUUUCUUCUAAUAGAUUGGUAAAUCAUGCAAUGCUCGGCA